CAGGGUCGAUCAACAUUCAACCCAAACCCAAACCCAAACCCAGUUAACCCAGACCAUCAACACGAGUUUUCUGCACACACUUCUAUGUUGCUGCUCAUUCUCAUGAUCUUUUUCAACCUCGAUAAUCCCAUAUUGAAUUCACCACCAAAUUUCUGAACUUCUUGGACACUUGAAUCAAUCCAUCAAAGAAAAAAAGAUGCUCGGCAAUGGUGGGGAAUCCCCUUCUCGGUAUGAAUUGUUGAGUAUGGUGAAGAAACACUCAAAUUUAAUAGGGAAAACUGUAGUAGAUGAGGAAGAUGCUUCAGAUGUUGAAAUGGAUCAAAAGUUUUGGCAUGAUGUUUUGGAUUUGUAUUUCAUUGGUGGCAGGGAUUCAAAGGAACAACAAGAUGAUGAUCUCUUGUUCUUUGUUAGAAAAAUGAGCUUACAUGGGUAUGGCUUCAAUGAUAAUAUUGAAGGAAACUCUCCGUACUUCGUACGUAGGUGGGCUACCAAGUUGGAUGAUUUAGUUGGAGAGAGCUCAAUGAUUAUAGAUUGGAGGCGUUCAUUGUACUUGAACUUAAUUGCCCACACUUCAUAUAGUAUAACAGUUGCAAUAUGCAGUCAUCAAUCUCUUCAAAAUCAUCAGAGUAACCAAGGAACAACACUAUCUCCUAUAUACAAGAUUGUGAAAACAGUUUAUGCAUCUCCAAGCCGUGUUAAUUUUCACUUGGACUCCAGAAAGGAAGUAGAGACAAAGCCUGCAUAUCCAGAUAUAUGUUUUGCUGUUGAUGACUUCGAUUCUACCUUUGACGCUGUGGUUUUGACGGAUACAGACCAUUGUUACUGUGUACUUCUUAAUGCAGUGGGCGGAGCAGCAUUUCCUAGUGAAAUUCCACCACAAGAUAACGCGGAUGCUGAAGAAACUAAUAAAGCUAAGAUUACUCUCUUCUCAGGAUUUGUGAGCUACGAAAUGGUCCGUGAAGCCUACGAUGGGAAGUCUGGAUUUGGAAGCCUAUUGCCAUUUGGUAAUUCAGCAGGCAAAACAGACAGAAUAUACAUGAAAGGCCCAGGAGGUCGUGGGGAAGUCGAGGUUGCAGUGUCAGGUGUUGUAGAUCAGAGCCUAGAUGAAUCCGGGCCCCACUCGCCUCUGCAAAUAUCGGAAGGGGGAAAAUUCAGGAUUGGCGCAAUAGUUAGGAAAGCUGCAUCAGUUGCACAGGUGGCAGCAAAGAAUGCGUAUGCAGUUGCUUCUUCCACAAGGAAUGCCGAUGGAGGGAUGGUCCCAUUGAAGUGCUGCCUCAUGUCCGUAUCGCUACCUUGGGAACAUAUCGCUUAUGAUCUUCUUUUCAAGGGAGGUGUGCCGGUGAAUUUGUAAGAUUGUACUUGGAAGUUGGAAUCUGAUUUGUUAGUUGUUUUUUGAGUAUUAUGUGAGGGUCUUGUAUUUGUGAGGGUUCAAACUGAUAAUUGUAAAUGAUAAAGUGGGGUAUGUAAUGUAGUAAUGUGAAUGUGAAUUGAUCAAAAGUGUAGUAUUUGAUGGCUGAAAGAUUUAAAUGGUA